AUGUCAGAAAAUUUUCAAAGUGCCCCUUUCUUUGGGACUGAAAGUGCUCUGCAGCCCUCUCUGCCUGUGCUGAGCAACUCCACACCCUCAACAGGAAGGGUGUGCAACUUUUCCAGGGUCUCCACUCCAGCUGGGAGUUCCGCAUGGCUCAUGCCAUCAGCCUCCAACACUUCGCUCCAGCCUCUCAUGGGCAGUGCCUGCCUUUACCAACAUGCUGGCACAACCAUGCUGACAGUGUUGACUGACCAGGGCCAGAUCUCAACCUCAGCACUCUCCUAUCCAGGUGCUUUCACAUGGGAUCUCACAGGAAGCACAGAUGUGAGGGCAGCUGCACUCCAGGACUUCACUGUAACUAUCAUUGACCAGGACACGACACUAUCCUCACUGUCUGUGGCAGCUGAGCGCGAUACAAUUUUAGACCCCAAUGCCAUAGUCCCUUUCUAUCCAACAGUGUCUGCCAGCUUUGUCCAUGCCACACCACCACAGGUGACAAAUCAAGGAUAUAGCCUGGCACCUUCUUACCAGGAGGGCAGCCAGGUCUACUACUAUGACCACAACAGCCUGGGCCCUCUGAUACCUGGAGAACUCGGGCAGGGCCUGCAGACCUACAGCUACGUGUCCUACCCUGGGAAUCAGGCAUCUGCUCUGCAACCAGAGAUGGUGAUGGUGCUAAAAGAGAUUCAGCCAAUGAAUGUCCAAACCCCACUCUCCACCUCUGCCUUUUCUUAUUCCACGUCUUCUCAAGCGAUGCCAGGCACCAGUCUUCAAGUGGUAGAGAUGGAGACAUCCCUGGGAUUGCCACCUUCAGGCCAGACACUCUCUCUGCUGCAGAGUACAGAAUUAUGCAACACCUGCAACCAGGUUACUGAAAUGAGGUCAUCACCUGUUGAUGGGGACAGGUCCUUAACAGCCCCCAUCCAUAGUCCUUCAGAUUUCCUGGCCUUGCCUCCAGCUCCAAGCCUGGAACAAGCAGAUAACAGAAACUUGGAUGAGACUAAAGCUGGGCUUUCAAUGUCUCUGGAUGCCUAUGAGGGCACAAAAGAAAACCAAGACACAUCACUUCUCCCCUUAGCACACCCUGACAUGCAGCAGCCUCUACACUGCACUGAUAUGGGGAGCCUAAGGCAGAAGCCUGCUUCUGACAACACCAGCAUGGGAGACAGCAGCCUUGGUCUGGAAGAGCAAGGGACACUGGAAAGUUUGAUGAUGUCCACCAUCGACUUUGCAGACAUCAAUACACUGGUGGCAGACAUUCAUCUUCCACAACUAUUCAACUCUCUCACAGACCUAGAACAAUUUCCAGAUCCCUCAGCCACCGAAUCCAAAGUCUCCACAGUUAUCUGGAGGGAUCAGAGCCAGGACAUCUCCAGCGUUAUUAGUGAACCAUCUGACCAGGUGAGAAAGAAAGACCAUGAAGCCUCUGAGCUGCUUGAUGGAGCUCCUCAGGACAAAAUCCAACACUGGGACCUGGUGGAAGGAGAGGGUAGUGCUGUGGGUAGUGCUGAGGCCAGUGACAGGGCUAUUGACAACAUGGCCAAGCACUUGGAGGGGAAAGCUGAGAAAGCAGCCCCUAGGCCCAGCAGAGCUAGAGGACUGGAGCAAGAUAAGACCAAGUGGAGCAGAGAAAACAGCUCCAAGAAAACAGAGGGGCCCAAGCAGUCAAGGAACAGAGUCAAGGCAGAAGAGCAGCCCACCAUCCCUAAGACCAAGAGGAAGAGGAAUCCACCUGAGCUCAGCCACAACAGCUUUAAAAAGCCUCGAACCCACCUCGGCAUGCACAUGCUGGAGUCUGUGCAGGUUUUUCACCCACUGGGGAAGAAGAGUGAGAAGAAAACUAACACAUGCUCCUCCCGGCCUCUGGGAUUUUCCAGCAGCCACAAAGAUUCCAGGCCAGGCCCACCUACCACAGCACUGCUAGAUACACCAAGUGAGGGCCAGGGCCCUGACAAAACCCUAGGCAAGGCUCAGAGAGCAGAGAGAAGUGCUCACAAGGAGUGUCCAACUUCCUCCCAACAUGAGCUGCCCUCACCUGGGAAGGUCAAGUUAGUACCUCUGCCUUUCCCAAAGCCUCAGGCCAGGCCUGUUUCUAGAAAGCCUCUCUCCCUGGCUUCACGCAGACCCACUGCAGCUUACCCAGCAUGGCCUCAUUCCCACAGGGCUCAGCCUUCUCCACAUAGGCCAUCCCAACCACCUCCUCCCAGCACAUCUUUGAUGGCCUCUGCUAAGCCAGCUCUGCAAAUUUCCAACAGUGGCACACGACCUAAUAUAACCAACCCCAUCCAGUCUAGCACUGUGCCUCAGUCAGCUGCCUCAAGGCCUGCACCCUACAGAGCAUCAUCUCAUACUUCACUCCAGAGGGAGCUUGUUUCUGCUGCCAGGAACAGGGUGCCGUCACCUCAAAAACCUCAAACCCAAUAUCUGCUGCAGGACUUCAGCCGCCAACCAAUUCCAUGGAGGAAAGUUGACAUUCUAGGGCCAGUUAUCUCACAGCCCAUCACAAAAGAGCAGAGGCCAGAGAGGGAGGCCAUGAAGAGAAGGGCUCAACAAGAGCGAGAGAAUGCUGCCAAGUGCCCCUCCAAUGGGAAACUGCAGAUUUUCCUUCAGAGGGAAAGGGAUAUGGAAAUUUCUCAAUAUUAUGGCUAUGCAAUGUAA